GCUGCAGAGGGCGGGCGGCUCAAAGGAGGCAGGAGCCCGAGUCAGGUCAAAGGGCAACGCCGGGGGCGCGGCCGGGCAGCGGCGGAAGUGAGCGCUCUGUACCAUGGAGCUGACGGCAAGCGGUGGCUAGAGCGGCGGGCAGUCGGGGCCGCUCUGCGCGGCGGGAGGCCUGCUCAGUGGGGCCGGCGGGGCAAGAUGGAGGAGCGGGUGUACCGGGCAGUGUCCGGGGGCCGCAUCGCGCUGCAGCGCCGCCAGUACAGCGCCUCCUGCCGGGAGUUCUCGGUGCGCUGCCCCCGGCUGCAGCUGCGCUCGCUGAGCGCCGCUACCUGCUCCGUCUGGCUGGCGGCUUACGGGCUCUUCGUGCUCAGCCAGGUACCGAGCGGCUCCCCGGGCCCGCCCCGACCGCGCCCCCUGGGUUCGGCCCCGGCGGGGGCCCCUAAAGCCUCCUCUGCCUUGUCCGUCGUGCGGGCGCCCAGGUCCUGCUCCGCCACGUGCUCCCAGCCCCUUCCGAAAUCCGCCGUCAGGGGAGCCCUAGUGUCAGCCCGCGUCCCCUUCGCCCCAUCGGGGUUCCCCAGGCACAUGUCCCACUGCUCACUUAUCAUGGGCUCCCAGUGCUGCAGCUCCAGGCGGGCACGGAAAUCUGGAAAACAGUUUGUGGCAUUAUUUAAAAGAAGGGACCUUUCUUUUGUCCCAGCUCGGCUACCCAGGGAAUCCCUCUGUCCCCACCACUCUCGCACACAGACACCAGGCAGCAGCCAGUGCCUUAAACCGCACAAAUGCCAUGUUAAUUUAGGUCUGCUCUACGCUAUGGGUAUGUCUACACUACAAGAGUAGUUCGAUUGUACUUAAAUCGAAUAUGUGGAAUCGAUAUUACAAAAUCGAACGUGUGUAUCCACACUAAGGACAGUAAUUCGACUU